GCCAAAGGCCUCAUAAAACAAAUCAACAGCAAGGUGCCGGAUCACCUCAAAAUCAAUCGUCUUGAUUGCACCUGCCUGCUGGCCAGCAACACAACACCACUACCUAAUUACACAUUGGGUGGCUGCUCUAUUGAAUAUGACUUCGAUUUCGUUACCUCCUUCGGUACCUGUCCUGUCGCCCUUCGAUUCCACCCCCAGCACUCCGCCUCGAUCUCCCGCUCACCACCGACGACGAACAUCAUGCAACCCGAAUGCCUCGCCUCUACCGGUCUUCAAAUUCAACCCUGGUGCAGAUGAAAAUUCGGCCCGGGUAGGAGGCCAUGAUCUGGGAGAUCAAAACAGCUCUGCCAUGGCCGCUAUGGAAGCCCGUCGUCGUUCUACCAGAACAGCUCUACCUGACUUCAAGUUCAACCCUGGUGCCGAUCUACCUUCUGAAAGAAGCCCGAGUCCAACACAUCCAGUCCUGCAGGAGAUGGCUAUGAAUCAACAACGUGCAGCUCGAUCUGCGAGACCUGCUCCAUUACCAGCUUUCACAUUUGCUCCGAAUGCGCCCGCUGCACAACGCUCGGCUAGUCCAACCAAAUCGAGUUUUGGCGACGUCCAGCCACCUCCACGGAAUAGUCAUCGAAGAGGUGUCAGUGAAUUUGUUGGUGGCGGGAAUGACGGACCUCAACUGGUCAGUACCAGCCCGGAAAAGGCGGAAUAUCGACCACCACCCUCAGUCAAUGGAGCAUCCAGGGGUCACGUACACCGCCGUUCCCAAGCUGUUUCUAUCUCAGACAUUGACACGUCCGAGCUUAUCAAGGCAAACGCACUGUCAAAAGCACGGGCGGACUCUUCACCAACCACCCCGUCAGACGGCGCACUGGCCUUUUCUUUCCCGCGUGCCAGCCCUCACAUGCGGCAGUCAAUGUCCAACAUUGUCAGGACCCCACCGUCUUCCCCAAGGCGAAGAGGCAGUGCUCCAGGAGUGCGGCCCCGUGUCGGAUUCUCCGAACACGUCGACGUGAUUCCGAGGCCGUUAUCGCUCAUCUCGUCUGAAACGGAAGGCAGCAACUCAACUAUCCGUGGUUGUCACUCUCUGUCGGGGAGUAUCAACUCGAUAGCGAGUCCAACGCCACGUCCUGGUUUAGUCGUCAUAUCAUCCAGCGAUGUCUUCAUCUCCCCGGAACGUCCUCAGACAGCCGAUGCUCUUUCUACACUGUCACCCACCAUGACAUCUGAAGACCAGGCCUUGUCCAUCAUCAACCUGCCAAAACGUCCUCUUUCGGCAUCGGGUUCGCCCAGUACUUUCAGCUCAGGCAGUCCACCCACCAAGAGGAAACAUUUCUGGUUCACUCAUUCCAACAAUGGUUCACCGUUGUCUACGCCGAAGGCCGAACAGAGUGACCCUAUGGAUGUCUCGUUGUCUGCUGGUUUACCCCAGGAACCGAAGGUACUCAGUGAGCCGAAACCCCUAGAAACGCCGACCAGCAAGCCGAACCUGUCGAAGAAGAGAAAGUAUCAUACCUGGACCUCUGGCAUCUUCUCCAGAAAAUCUGACAAGCGGCCGGUCAAGGCAAAGGAAGAUGUCCCUGCUGUACCUAGUCUGGUCAGACGCCCGAGCGAUCGACUCAAUGAGGUGUUUGACGCCGAUGAUACCGUUGUGAUACGGGAUCCUUCACCCAUCUCGACCAAAGUUCGUGCUCCUUUGCCAAACUUGACUAUACUUGAAGCUCGAGCAUGCGAUUCGCCUAAAGAACAGAUUACCAGCCCGGUACUCGACUUGGACGCAGCGUUAGGACCCUUUGGAAGCGAGGAGAAGUUGGGGCAUGACAGCAACAUGAAAUCGAUGCGAAUCGCAAAACUACACAGCAGUGAGCGAAGGGGAACCGUGGAUGCUUUUGGCACGGCCCAUAGGAGGACCGAGUCAGCACCCACCAUGCCCGCUGUGAAUCGCAACACUUUUAGCAUCCAUCGCUUCGGCAGCAAUACCUCCUUGGCUGAAGAUGUCUUCGACGAGCAAGAGGAAGACAAUUUUCUUGCUGGAAAAAACGAUGGUGAGGACGACGAACGCGCGUCUACAGGUGACCAAAAAAGUCUGCAUUUCAUGAAGCAGGCUGCUGCCACUAUCAUGGACACGAAUAUGGCUCUCACCAACUCCGAGCAGACUGCAUCUGGAGGCCUUGGUUUAUCUCUCAACAGGCGACAGGACGAUGGAGUCAUGAUUGCUGAUCUGGAUGAGGAUGUCGCUCGAGCAGGUGUCCGGUCGUCCAGCUCUACCAUUGAGGCACCCGUGUUUCAAAACCUGGAAUCACAGAAACCUGUCAUGUCUUCGCCCAUGGUUUUUGCAUAUCCGGCUCCUCAAUCACAUUACGCAUCUUCUACGGAUGGCCGUACCACAUCAGCUUCGAUGAUGUCGUCGCCGGAUGUGGACCACAUCUCAUUUGAGACCCUCUCUCGGCCAAGCCGAUUUUUAAAUGAACCUAGUCCAGACUUUGUUCUUCGGGCGUCAAACGACGAUCUGCCAUCGCUUAGUGACAGCAUCUCUAGCGCAGCAUUGCCACGAUUCUCCAGCAGUGCAGGCACUCGUUCGUCUACCGAGCAGCGGUCGCAUUCCAUGAUUGACCCAUCAACUUCGAGGUCAAAUAACCAACAAGCGUGGAAGCGAGCAAGCUUGGCAAGUCUGAAUCGUCUCAUACCUGGUUCUUCCAACGGCAGUAAACUCAAGUUUGAGACUGUUCCUAAUGCCGGCGUCCUUGAUGAGAAGAGCAAAAAGAAAACCAACAGGAUCAGCAGAUUAAUGCAAUUCUGGCGGUCGAAAGAAAAGAUCGACAAAUGAUCAAGAGCUGGCAUUCUCUCAAGUGCAGAACCCUUUACGCUUUACGAACAACACGCGCUCCUGUUGGAGCUUGCAUGAUUUUACUGCAUUGGCCUUGUUGGCGCGACUUCUUGAUGGGCACUUUUACGACAUGAUAACGAAAGGGACCG